GUGUGUUUCUGACAAGCAUAAACACUCAUUGUUAACAUCACUUUUACUUUUAAACCCCUUUGUUUAUACACGUUGUAUUUUCUGUAGUGAUUGUCCGUGAUAGCCAGUGAAAUAUUUUCCUCGUUUUAUCUGUUCAUUUGGGCUGUUUAUUGUUUAUCUUGGUUUAGCCUGGUUAGCUUGAGCGGCUAAUAAUAAAUCUCGACUUAUUUCAUCUGAAUUUGUCACCUUCAAUUAGAAAAAAAAGAGUUCAUAUGUAAGCAUGUGUGGAAAUACAGACACAGGUCUGGUGAGACGGAUGUGAAUUGUUACGUUGGCUCUGAGGUUUUUCGGGUGGGAUCAGUGAUGUCAUCAUCGGCCGUCGUGAUGGUUUAAGGAGCAACAGUGGCGAGGAGGUGGCCGAGCGUGUGAUGUUACGCUGGACGGUGCACCUGGAGGGUGGGCCACGGAGGGUCAACCACGCCGCCGUGGCGGUCGGGCACAAGGUUUACUCCUUUGGAGGAUACUGCUCGGGCGAAGAUUACGAGACCUUGAGGCAGAUCGACGUUCACGUCUUUAACACAGUGUCUUUGCGCUGGACGAAACUGCCGCCCGUGAGGACCGGAGGCCGAGAGCAUGCCCAGGAAGUGCCCUAUAUGCGCUACGGGCACACUGCUGUCCUGGUAGACGAUAUUGUCUACAUCUGGGGUGGUCGUAAUGACACGGAAGGGGCGUGUAACGUGCUCUACGCCUUUGAUGUCAAUAAUCACAGAUGGUUCACACCCAAGAUUUCUGGAACAGUCCCAGGCGCUAGAGAUGGGCACUCGGCCUGCAUCUUAGGAAAAUCCAUGUACAUCUUUGGUGGAUAUGAGCAACUGGCUGAUUGUUUCUCUAAUGAUAUUCACAAGCUGGACACCACGAGCAUGUGCUGGUCUCUCGUGAAUGCCAGGGGUACACCAGCUCGAUGGAGGGAUUUUCACUCGGCCACUAUUAUCGGCAGCAAGAUGUUUGUAUUUGGGGGCAGAGCGGAUCGAUUCGGUCCUUUCCACUCUAACAAUGAGAUCUAUUGCAAUAAAAUCAAAAUUUUUGACACCGAGACCAACUGCUGGCUCAACACGCCAUCGACCCAACUGCUGCCGGAGGGCCGGAGGAGUCACUCGGCCUUUGCUUACAACGGUGAGUUGUACAUAUUUGGUGGCUAUAAUGCUCGCCUGGACCGACAUUUCAACGAUCUCUGGAAGUUUAAUCCAGAGGCGUUCUCCUGGAAGAAGGUAGAACCGAAAGGUAAAGGUCCGUGUCCCAGAAGACGACAGUGCUGCUGUAUGGUUGGAGAUCGCAUCAUUCUGUUCGGAGGAACCAGGUGAGCUGGGCCGUCUUAUGAUGUUUGCUGUGAUAAACGGCUGUCUGAACCCAAUGUUUGAAUGGAUUCAUCAGAUGAGUCUGAUGUCACGGGUCUGAACGUAUAUUGGAUGUGUGGCAUUCUCUGAAGAAACUUUGCAAACUGGAGCCACAGAGAAAUGUGAAUUCACAAAGGACUUGAGGUUUUUUGG